AUGCUCGACAGUACUGUCAAAGUGUUCCUCAAGCAUGUGUUACAAAGAAAAGCUGUUUAUCUCACGAAUUCAUACAAAGAAAAGAUAAUUAAAGCGCAAAAUCCAUCCCUGAAUCUGGUUGUGGCCGAUGAUAGGCGAGGUUUGAAACAUUGUGUGGAAAUGGGUUUAUAUCUGAAGUUAACUAGAGAUGAAUUGCUUGAAGUGGAAAUGAAAGGACGACUCAUUGAGACAAAUAUUGAAUUAUUACUAAACAUUGGGAAACAAAAUCCCAAUAAUGAGAUAAAACUCAACGAUUUCUUAAAAGUGGUUUAUGGCAAGCAUUCCGAUUCAGUGGACGAACGAGUAUUUUUCGGUCGGGAUGGGCUUAGUCAUUGGUGCCAGGACCAUACCGAUUGCCCUAACAACAACAUGAUGUGCUUCAAUCAAAAGUGCAUCUGUAAGCCCAACUACCAGGAAAGUGGGUCGUCAGGGUGUAACGGCCCCCUUAACUGCACCCUGGGUCAGAUCAACUGCGGCUCUUGGGAUGGCUGGGUGUGCGACCAACAGGCGGGUCGGUGUGUAUGCAAUGAGGAGACGCACUCCGAACGGGUGAACACCGGGUUCUGUGUGCCCAACGAAGGCCCCGAUCCUGUCUGCACGAAUGGCCAGGGAUGUCAAAGUCCCCGGGUAUGCGUGCAGAAUAGAUGCCGGUGCCCGAAGGACACCUACCCCACCUACACGGGCGACGCUAAAAAUCCCACGUGUCAACAGUACUCGUGCGGUCAGGAUCGUGGGUGCGCCCAUAGCUGGGACACCCACCGUAUGUGUCAGGGCGGUAGGUGUAUAUGCGACGACCCCAAGUACAGGGAGACUAACACUAGCCUUGGUCAAAUUUGCGCCAUUGGUGUGGAACCUGCGUGCGGUCGGGAUGUUAAAUGUAUGGACCCUAACGAGGUGUGCGUGGACUGGACCGACAAUAAUAAUAACGGGAAGUGCCAGUGCAAGGCCAAUUACAAUUAUGAGGAUGGUAGGUGCCAGGCGUUCAGGUGCCAGGAUCAGCCCCAACAAAGCGGUCAGGGAAUAGACCAGAGGGCUAGAUGUGACACAUGGGAUCAGAACAGGGAGUGCAAGCAAUCCAGAUGCGAGUGUAAAGAGGGCUACGAUCAGAAGGGGGUAGAAGGGGGCAAAUGUGUGCGAGAUGCCUAA